AAAUAUUCAAACCACACCUCAAGUGACCAUCCUUUCUAAAAUCCCCAAAUCUCCUCAUAUCAAAAAACCAAAAAAAAAAUGGCCCUAAAGAAAUCAAGCAAACACAUAACUCAAAGUGUAGCCCUCAAACAAAUCUUGAAAAGGUGUUCAAGUUUUGGAAAAAAUGAGAAUGGACUUCCUCAUGAUGUACCAAAAGGCCACUUUGUAGUAUAUGUUGGUGAAAAUAGAAGUAGACACAUAAUUCCAAUUUCUUGGUUGACACAUCCUGAAUUUCAAAGUUUGCUUCAAAGGGCUGAAGAAGAAUUUGGAUUCAACCAUGAUAUGGGACUUACUAUCCCUUGUGAUGAAGAAGAUUUUUGUUCUCUAAUGUCAAUGUUCUAAUAAGAGGUAAAACUGCGUACAAAAGAUCUAAAUGUGGUUCGACCCAUUCUUUGGAAUAAUCUUACGCACUACUAGAGCUUCCUGCAUCAGACUGCCCUUUGAAUCAGCGAGAUACUAUUGGAGAUUACUAUGGAGCAGCUAGAUUAGGCCAUUAAGUGAAUAUAGUUGAAUUUAUUUUUUAUUAGCUUAUCAUAAAGAAAUCCCUGCUAAUUAACUUUUGUGGGAUUGUAUUUAAUUUGUACAAUCUCAUGUGUUACUAAAUAUUUUGACAAGUGGUGUUAUAUUUGCACCCAUUUUUAAAUCUUGAUGUUACUAUUCAUGAGAAAAAAAAGAGAAUAUCCACAACAUUUUUCAAAUUAAUAU